ACAAACAAUGGGGUUCACAGGUUUAUCGACCCUUAGUCAGGAGCAUCGCGACGAAACAAUCACCCAUAAAUAAUUAAACCUUAACUUAUAUAAUUCAAAACGUCCGAAAAACUAAUCGCAUCGAAAAACCGCAGUCGAGAAACGAUGACGACCGCGAAAAGUACUCCCAAUACUCCCAAUACUCCCAACAUAACCAUCCCCCAAUUUUACAGCGGGAAGAAUGUUUUCGUGACGGGCGGAAGCGGAUUCAUGGGCAAAGUGCUCAUCGAAAAAUUGUUGAGGGCGUGUCCGGACUUGGGCAAGAUGUACGUGCUGUUGCGUCCCAAAAAGGGCAAGAACAUACGCGAACGUCUCGAGGAAAUCACCAGCAAAAUUUUGUUCAACAAACUGAAAGAGGAGAACCCAGAAGCGUUGAACAAACUGAUACCAAUUGAGGGGGACAUACAAGAGCUGCGACUCGGUCUGUCCGAAUCCGACCGACAAAUGCUCCUUGACGAGGUCCACGUGAUCUAUCAUUCCGGCGCUUCAGUGAAAUUCGACGAUUUCCUCAGAGAUGCGAUCUUGAUCAACACCAGGAGCACGAGGGAAGUCGCAUAUCUGGCCUUGGAGGCGAAACAUUUGGAGGUAUUCGUGCACGUUUCGACUUCCUACAGUAACUGCGAUCGUUUCUACGUGGAGGAGAAGAUUUAUCCGCCUCACGCCGAUUGGAGACAAGCGAUAGAGCUGGCGGAGAACUGCGACUUCGACAUUUUGAACGUGCUCAACGAAAAAUACAAGGGCAAGUUGCCCAACAAUUACACCUUUACUAAAUCCAUGGCUGAACAUGUGGUGAACGAUUUGUGCGACGGCAAAAUACCUGCCAUUAUUUUGAGGCCUUCCAUUGUGUGUCCCACAUACAAAGAUCCUUUCCCCGGUUGGAUCGACAACUUUUACGGCCCAGUGGGAAUGUGCGUGGCAACGGGGAAAGGAAUCCUUCGUUCCGUCUACACAAAACCAACAACCAAAACGGAAUACGUAACAUGCGACACCAUCAUACGAGUGGCGAUAGCUCUGACUUGGUUGAAAGCCACGGAAACGGAUCCGAAGCUGAAGCUGCAAACGGAUGUGUACAAUGCCAGCAACAACGACGUCAAACCCAUAAAUUAUAAGGAACUGAUGGAUUACGGGUCGAUGAUGUACAAAGAAUUGCCCUUGAACAACGUAGUGUGGUACCCACACAAUGAACCAACGGCUUGUUGGUACGUCCACUUUUACAAACUGCUUUUUUAUCAGUUGCUUCCUGCGUUGCUGAUCGACGGUAUUUUGAAGCUGGUCGGCAAAAAACCUUUAUUGUUUAAGCUGCACAGAAGGAUCUACAUUGCGAACAUGGCCCUUCAAUACUUUUUAAAUGCGGAUUGGACUUUUGUCAACGACAAGUGCAAGGCGAUAGAUGGCAAAUUAUUGCCACAGGAUUACGACAGUUUCGUGUCUUACAGUGAUUACGAAAAACUGGACGUGUUCACGUUUUUCUGGCAAGUGAAACAGAUUUGUCGGAAGGUUUUGUUGAAGGAAAGCGACGAGUCCUUCGAAGACGCCAAACGACAUACUAUGAGGAUGUGGUACUUGUACAUUAUUUGUAACGUCUUAUGGUACGUUGGACUGUUUUGGUUAGUCUUUGUCAAAUUGGACGUCUUAGGUUUACUCUAUGGUAAAAUUAACGAUGGUAUUUUAUAUUUUACCACUCCUUGAUGUACAAAAUUUGGAAUAAAUUAAUUUAUAUUAA